GUCAAAGAAAAAAGCAUAGACAAGUGGGGGGGUAACAGAGGUUCUGGAGAGUUCCAUUUCUACGUAUGCUGUAGAAAGAAAGACAGAGAGGAUAAACUAAAUAAAAAACAAACAAACCCUUCUUUUAUAUCACGGCAUUUUCAAACCCUAAUGCUCAUGUUUACGUGUCUUAAGAACGUGCUUUCAAAUCCAUCGAACCACUUUAUACUAAACCCAAGUUCAAGUUCUUUGUUUUGUCUGGUUUUGUGAACAAAAAGUGAGGGGUAUGGCUUCGAACAAUAGCGAGAAAGGAAGUGAGAAUCUGUAUGCUCUUCUGGGUCUGAAAAAAGAAUGCACCAACUUGGAGCUCCGUUCUGCUUAUAAGAAGCUCGCUCUUAGAUGGCAUCCAGAUCGUUGCUCGUCAAUGGGGAACUUGGAGUUUAUAGAUGAAUCCAAGAAGAAGUUUCAGGGCAUCCAAGAAGCCUACUCUGUUCUAUCCGACUCCAACAAGAGGUUCCUCUAUGACGUUGGAGCUUAUAAUAGUAAUGAUGAUGAUUCUGACCAAAACGGAAUGGGAGAUUUCUUGAGCGAAAUGGCGACGAUGAUGAAUCAAUCCAAGCCUAGUGAGACGAGUUCAGGAGGGGAUAGUUUUGAACAGUUACAAGAUCUGUUUCAUGAGAUGCUUCAAGGAGACGCAUUCGCCUCAUCAUCACCACCUUACUCUGCUUCAACUUUCACUUCCUCUUGUAGCUUUGUGUUUGACACAAAUACUCAGCACUCACCCUUUGAGACAACAACAAGUCCUAUGGGGUUUAAUAAUCCUUUCGCAUUCGACUCCACAGCUCACUCCUUCUCUUUAGGGCAGGUGGAGCAUCAGCAGGAUUUCAAGAAGGGGAAGAACAAUGGUGGGAGAAGAAACAGGAGGAAGAACAAUGCUCAAUCUGCUGCUCAGGGAACAACAACACCAUCGUCAAACAACUGUGGAGUCCCCACUUCAUAGACUCUUCAGAGAGUCCCAUGUUUCUGUUAACUCAUCUCCGCAUUUUGUCGAGACUAGUCACACCCCAGAAGAGGACAGGUUCUGGUCUUAUCAAUGGCGAUGCAAAACAACAAACUCAAAGCCUUGUCGUGUUUGUAAACUAUACCCACCUCUUUUGUUCUCUCUACAUUGUGAUUGCAUUGUUGUCAACUACGCAAGAGUCGUUAAGGUCAUCAGCAUCGGUGAACUUUAUGGAUGUUCACAAAAGUAUUUUUUAUUAUUUUCUUUUUCUAUUUG